AUGGAUGAUGACAUAAAUAAUGAGAGUGAUAGAUCGGAUUCAUCUUGUUCACCAAUACCAUAUGGAUCAUCUAUAUUAGCAUAUAUACCACGUCGUUAUGAUCGUUCACUUGUUGCUCCAACGAUAUUAUCAGAACGGAAUAAUGUUCAUGCACCUGUUAUUAAAUUACCACCAUUAAAAUUAAGUUCAUCAUUAACAACAACGGAAGAAGAAGAUUUUAUUGCAUUAAAUUUACCAACUUCUGAACAAGAAUAUCUGAUAUUUAAACAGAAAUUUAAUCGUCUUCGUGCAACACUUUCAAAAUCAUAUCAAUUUAAUGUUUAUACAUAUGAAAAAGUUCGACAGAAAAAAGCAGAUCUACGACACGCAGUUGAUGAGCAAAGACAAUUAAUUAAUCAUUUAUUGGCUUCAUCGUCCAAAUUAAAUCUUACGAUAAGAGAAUUACGAAAUCAAAUAACUGAACAAUGUCAUAAACGAGAUGUUCAUGAAUUACGACAAUUAAAACUUCAAAGUACAUUUAAUCAAUUGAAUCAAACCAAAGAUCAAUCGACUGAAAUCUUAAAAUCCGCUGAUAAAGAACGUUUAAUCGAACAUUAUAAUUCUCAAUUAUUACAAUUAAAGAAUCAAUGUCAAGAAGAACUAGCUGAUCGUGAUGAUCAAAUCGAAAAAUUAAAAAAAGAUAUAUCAGAAAAAUUUGGUCAUGAAGCAAAUGAACAUAAAAAAAUAGUACGAUCAACAGAACAAGCAUUUAAGAUAGAAAAUCAAAACUGCGCAAAGCUACAAGAAUUUAUUGAUGAUUAUGAAGCUAAUGUUUAUCGAGCAAAAAAAUCAUGUUGUCUAUCAACAUCCUAUCGUUUAUAUAAACUUGCAACACAAUUACGUUUAUAUUCAAUAAUAGAAUUAACUUUAAAUGAACUUUUUCAUUCAUCUUGUUCAUGUGGACAAUUUCAACGUUGUCAUGAAACUUUUAUGCGUUUACAUAAUAAAUAA